CCGGACAAGCCAGGGGCGGGACCGUGGCGGAGGCUGGAGCUUGGCGUCGGGAUGCAGCGCCCCGGGCCCUUCAGCACCCUCUACGGGCGGGUCCUGGCCCCGCUGCCCGGGCGGGCCGGGGGCGCGGCCUCUGGCGGAGGCGGGAACAGCUGGGGCGUCCUGGGUUCCCACGUGCAGCCUCCCGGGCGCGCGCAGUCCGGCACCCGCGCCGGCGUCGGUAGCACAGGUACCUACGGCGGGGACGCCAACAGCGCCUGCCCGGCCCCCUCCGCGAUGUCCAAGGCCGAGGAGGCCAAGAAGCUGGCGGGACGCGCGGCCGUGGAGAACCACGUGAGGAAUAACCAAGUGCUAGGAAUUGGAAGUGGCUCUACAAUUGUUCAUGCUGUGCAGCGAAUAGCUGAAAGAGUGAAACAAGAGAAUCUGAACCUUGUCUGCAUUCCCACCUCCUUCCAGGCCCGUCAGCUCAUCUUGCAGUAUGGCUUAACUCUCAGUGACCUGGACCGACACCCAGAGAUUGACCUUGCCAUUGAUGGUGCUGAUGAAGUAGAUGCUGAUCUCAAUCUCAUCAAGGGCGGUGGAGGCUGCCUGACCCAGGAGAAAAUUGUGGCUGGCUAUGCCAGUCGCUUCAUCGUGAUCGCCGACUUCAGGAAAGAUUCAAAGAACCUCGGGGAUCAGUGGCACAAGGGAAUCCCCAUUGAGGUCAUCCCAAUGGCCUAUGUCCCAGUGAGCCGAGCUGUGACUCAGAAGUUUGGGGGCGUGAUUGAACUUCGAAUGGCCGUCAACAAGGCAGCUAUCGGGAGGACUCCUGAGAAAGCCAACCACCACCAGAACUCGUGGAGCCUUCCUUGUCCCUUUGGAGUGUUUGGCAUGUGUGUCCAUUGAACCUUGAGCCUUACUGUAUUGGUUAUGCUUGCACGGAGGAACCAGUGGUCACUGGGUAGAGCUCUCAGCCCUAAGUGUCAUAUAAAAAUAAAUGCUCUGUGCAACCAUCUUGGCUUUUUCCUAAACAAGUACUUCAAAUUGAUGAGUGCAAGACUCCACAUUUUACAAGCAAGCCCUCUUACCUAACAUGACCGACUCUGAGAGAUCAGUCUGGGUCACUUAACCAGCAAAGAGCCAGGAGUUGUGAGAGCUGAAUUAUUCAGGACAAUUCUUGGCAGUUAAGAUGUGUAUCACCACUGUUGGGUACUUCUGCUCUCUUCUCUUUGUCUGCUGUCCUGGGUCCACAAAGCGCCCCCCCCCCCCCAAAGGUGCAGGCUGAGCUGGGCUGGAAUUCCUGCCUGCCUGAAGUUCCCCCAGGGUCUUUUUAAGACCCAUAGUUUUUGCCGGACAUCUAUACACAGGCCUUUAAGGGUCACGGGAGAUAAUUCGAGGGAAUGGGGAUGCUUUCCCAGGGGAGAAUGAGUCUGACUUUGAGUUGUGGACAUUGCCAAAAUGUCCCGGGGCUCUGAUAUUGAAGGUGCCUGUAGCCCCAUGAGCAGCCUCCCUGGUCUCUGCCACUAGGGCUCCCACAGUGAGUGCUUUCAACCUGCUGCUGGUGCAGAAACUCUGUGGUAAGAGCUGGGUCCUGCAGUCCCCUCCAGGACCGCCAUGGGUUCUGGGUUGUGUGCGGUGUGUGUGUGUGUGUGUGUGUGAGUCUGGUGUAUUGUUAGAAAAUCCAAGAGAGGUCCGGUGAGGCAGAGGAAUAAUUCCAUGUAAUUCUGGAUAGUUUGUCCUUUCCCUCCCUCCCUCCCUGAGAGCGCAUGCUUUUAUUUAUGUGACACCCCCCCCCCCCAAAUAAGUACAGAAUGCUUUAUACCUUUAUGCUUUUCUGUUUGGGGAAAUGAGAUAAAACCUCUUAAAGGAAAAGAUUGCUUUGGUGAAAUGUAAAUAAAGAGAGUGCUAGGAAAAACACAGAUACGAAGGGUAAGAGAAGGUAAUGGAUGUAAUUUCAGUUGUGAAAAAUGAGCAUGUUUUCAUCAACGUAAAUUAUUUCAGGCAUGAAAAAUUGAGUCUCUGAAUAAGCAUCAACUCAGACUGAUAAUGUUUGCAAGUGUUGAUCUUGGAAAUUCUCAAGGUACUUUGCAGAGCCGAGAGUUGUGUUCUCUGGGUUGAUGCCUCAGAUCAGCUCCUUUCUGUUAAGUGUGGUUUUCUUGGGUUUUAUUUAAUGCCUUAUUUAUUAUUGAGCUACAAUUCACAUACAAUAAAAGUGCAUUCUUGUUUCUAAAGUAGAUCGCUAUUUUAUAAGAUGUGAGCAUAGAAAGUUUUAUAUUUAUGUUUAUUUUCUGGAUUUCUAUUUUAUAUGUAUAUUUUCUGAGUAACCUUAUAGAUUUUGUGUUUAAUUGUACCCAUGUGGCAGGUACUCAGUAAUUAUAAAUUCAUUUCAUGGGGCAAAAUAUAUUUUUUUGUGUUUUCCUUUCUGUGGGAACCCCAUUGGAUCAUGUCUAAUUCUGAGUGUAUAUCAGAGUAUAAACAAUGGCAGAGAGUAGAUGAUCCAAAAUAUUUAUCCAAGUAAAACACUGGAUUCUAGAGCUUAUUUUUCUGUAUAAUUUUCUGUAAUUAAAAUGAUCAAUACUUUUAUAGUCUGAAUUUUAUAGUAAGGAUAAUUUUAUUUAUUUAUUUUUUAUAGUAAGGAUAAUUUUAAACGAAUCCUCAAAAUUUUGGUUUUAGAAGUAACUCAAGAAUUCUUUUUCUCUAUAAGGAGUGUUUGUACAACUUGUACCUCUGUGUCUAGCUUGUUUAUCUUCUCUAACAUACUGGCUUUUGGGUUCAGUCCAUUUUAUUAAAAAAUCUACUUUAGAGCUAAAAUCCUUUAUUAAGAAUUUCUUAAUCUAGGGGUUAUAGAGUGGUAGAGAGAGAAUUACUUCCCAUGAUUAUUCCUUGUUAUUAUUCAAAAGUUUUACCAAGUGCAUGUAUUACUGUUCCAAAAAUAAAAUGGAAAAACUUUCAGUAAUCAAGGCAGGAAAAUAUUUUGAUCCACGUUAGUGUUUUCCUUACUGUAAUUCUUGCCAUUUUAAAUACUUUCAAGAAUGGAACUGGACAAAUGGAUGUGAGCAAUUGAAGAGAAGCACCUUGAUUAACUAAAGCGUGUAUCUGUCCCCAAACGUGCCCUUGUGAAUUUAUUUUAGACAGCUGGUCCUUAGUCCAGAACAGCGAAACAAAUGUAUUUCAGUGGUUCACAUGUCACUUGGCAAUAAAAGAUAAUUUAAGAUUCUGAGAAGUAUUUGCUAUAACUGGUAAAAUUUUACCUUUGAGAUCAGUUCACACUGUUGGGAAGUGGUUAGUUUUUGUGUUCAUCUGGUUAAGUAACAGCGCUUUACUUUGGGUGCUGGAGAAGGGUCUGCACGGCUGCGGAUGGUCUGACCAGGGCCUGGCACAGACCCGGUCCUUAGGAGGGAUCGGUUUAAUCUGAAUCAGAAAAUAAGACAACAGUUUAAUUCUGACUUCCACCAUGCAGCAAGUUGUUGCCAAGUGGUUCCCCUCCUUUUCCUGUUCCUGAAUAUAUGGGAAAAAUGAUAUUCUGUUUUUUUUAUUCUAUAACCUUAAUACAAAAAAAUGUUAGAAGUACUAUUUCUUUUCUUUUUUCAAAUUUUAUUUUUUUUCAUUAUUAACAUAUGAUGUAUUAUUUGUUUCAGGGGUACAGGUCUGUGAUUCAUCAGUCUUGCACAAUUCACAGCGCUCACCAUAGCACAUACCCUCCCCAAUGUCCAUCACACAGCCACCCCAUCCCUCCCACCCCCUCCACUCCAGCAACCCUCAGUUUGUUUCCUGAGAUUAAGAGUCUCUUAUGGUUUGUCUCCCUCUCUGGUUUCGUCUUGUUUCAGGGAAAAAUGAUAUUCUAGCAAAAAUUUCAAAGGAAGAGAAUUCAAAUCUUGUACUUUGAUACAGUCAUCUUAGCAUUUUUGUUGGUGUUUUUUUUCCCUCAUCUUUGUUCAUAAGCACAUAGUUUUUUACACAGAGCUAAUUGUAAGGUGUGUGGAAUUCCACACCUCGCUUCACAAAUGCCUCAUUGAGUUUUCCAUGUUGCCGCACAGACUUGAGAAGCCUCCUUUCAAGAGUGUAAGUUAGUCCAUUGAGUUUGCUUUCCAUGAUUUCCUUGGCCAUUUCUCCUAUUGUUGGGCAUGUAGGAUUUUUGUAAUGUUUGGUUUUUAGACAAAAUGGUUGAGUUAAAGGGAGUGGAAUUUCUGUGGCUUUUGCUAUGUGUUACUAAAUUCCUCCUCAAAAGGUAUACCAAUUUACAGUGAUAAUGGAGGGUUUCACAAGUGUUCUUUUUCAACUAUGGGAGGAUUGUUUUACAGUCUAUUUCCACACCUUUGUAUCCCUCCCCUCCAGCCAACAGAAAAGUGUUUCAAGGUGAGGGAGGACAUACAUACGUACAUACAUACAUACAUACAUACAUGUAUGAUUACUGUGAGUGAGUAAGCCUCACAUACUGAAUUCUACAGUAUUACCUUACUGAGAAAUACAGAAACAACCCACUUAGCUCCAGGCCUCAAGUUAAGCCUUAGUUCCUUUUUGAUAACCCCAUUCUGCUAAGUUUUUGUCAUAAACCCUGUGGAGUUAAGUGGAAACUUUGACUUUCUGUUUCUGACUGUGAUUGCAGGUGUCUGUCUAGAAGGAGGGAGUUGAGGGAAAUUGUUCACACCAGUCUCAUUACCCAACAUGGAGUCAGCAAGGAGAGUGGGCCUGUGAGCCCAUCACAUGUAGAAAAAACAGUUUCAUUUCACAUUGCUGAUGAGGCAAAAAGGUGCACACACCAUGUUGCUUUUCAUGAAACGAAAUUCUGCUUGGAGCCCUGGGAGUUGUUCUGAAGGUUGCAUAUCAUAAGCUUCCCAAGAGUUUCCUUGAACAUUGUUUGUGCGACCACUACUCAACAUGGUGUAGAGCAUAAACAGGUGUUUUUAAUCCUCCAUUUUAUUUUCGAUGGGAGAAAUGACUCAGUCAGCAUCACAUAGGAGCAGAACCAGGACCAAAGAUAAGUCUGCUUUCAAAUCCAGUGUCAUUUUAGUAGGUUUUAUUUCCAUUUUGGGCCACUGGACUCUUUAGUUAAAUUAAUUUAUUUAUGUUACUUAUUUGAGAGAGAGAGAAAGCAGGUGAACAGGGGGAGAGGCAGAAGGAGAGGGAGAAGCAGGCUCCCUGCUGAGCAGGAAUCCCGAUGCGGGGGCUUGAUCCCAGGACUCUGAGAUCAUGACCUGAGCCGAAGUCAGACACCCAACCAACUGAGCCACCCAGGUGCCCCAAGCCACUUGACUAUUUUAAAACAUGCCAUCUGAGGUUAUACAUCUCUCAGCAUCCACAGCAUGGAUGAAGAGACUAGAUCAGUUGCCUUGGUGAUUUCGUUCAGUGUUGACACUCAAACCAGGAUACUUAGGGAUUUCUAGAUUUAAUUUAUGCUUUCUUCUGACUAUAUUGUUCGUAUAAUCUGGAUAAUCUUCUAAGCUUGCUCUUGGAUUCUGUUGGUGUAUUCUCAACAUCUGUGUGGGUGAGCACACGUUUUAGGUGGUAAGCUCCUACGGGUCUAUGGAGGCCUGGCACAAGGUGCAUAUGUCAGGGGAGUCAUAGCUUAAUCUGCACUGUGGGCCCAGUCUCUGGCAGAGUGUGAUCUUAAUUUCUCUUUGACCAGUCAUCUUCCUUAGGGCAGUACCUCUUCAUAUGCCUUUUCAUUUGGUGAAACUUUAACAGUGUUCUCAAAUGAAUUUUGCCAGGCCUCUUUUCAUAUUAAAGUGGCUAUUUCCACAUUGUGGAUACCAAAUAAGAUUCAAAGAAAGAAUCUUAAAAAUUCUUCAUAUUGUCAUGUGGAAAUCAUAGCAUUUUAGAUCUGUAAGGGAGCUUCUCUGUCACUCAGUGCAACCCCCUCAUCUUAGAGACUGGGAGACUGAGGCCUGGUGACAUGCUCAAGGUUGUUAGCAAGGUGAUGAUCUAGGAGGGACUCCAGUCCACUGCUUUUAAAGACUGCAUAGCAAGCAUCAGAUGCUUGCUCUUCUACAAAAGGGGAGCAGACAAAAGGAAAAAUGCUCUAGGUCAGAAAUCAGAGGCAAAUAAUAGCUACAGAGCCCCCUAUAAUUGUAAAGUCCUUUGUAAGCUCUUGUAGAUACAGAAGUAGGAAUAUAUAAAAUGAAAUUUAGUUGAUAUUUUAUGAAAUAGAUUCUUAAUUUGCCAACAGUUUGCCCCUUUGUCAUACCUUAGUAACUUGUUGUGAGUUUCUGAAGUGACUUCUGAAUUAUUAAAGAAAGAAAAUUCCUAAAGAAAGGAAACCAGAUCUACUGGUUUUAUUCUACUCUAGCCAUAAUCUUUUAAAAUCUGUUCAAUUUAUUUUAAUUAGAAUAACCCAUUCCUUAAGUGGGACAGUUAACAGGGAAUUUUCUGAGGUCACUUAACAAAUUUUGGCUAUUUCCCUAGCUGUGGGUAUUUUUAUUUUAUCUUUUGCUAAAGAAAUAUGGUUUGUGGAUUUUGAUAACUGCACACAACAGAUUUUAAAUUAUCAGGUAGUGAUAGAGCAAGGUGGUCUGAUGACAUGAUUUAAACUAAAACUCACAGAAUCCUUUGCACUUGAAUGGCAGGUUCUUGGGAAGAGGAGGGUACUAGAGAGUGGCCUCUGAAUCAUCAGUGGGGCCCCAAGGACAGGAAUGAUUGCUCAUGUUCCGAAAUGAAGAACUGACAGUGAAGGGUUUUGAAAAAUUAGUUAAAGCAAUGCUUGCAUAUAGGUUGAUAAAAAUAACAAGAGUAGUUACCUUUACUUAGGCACUUACCUACGCUUUCAUGUUGUCCUUACAAUAACCUCCAGAGAGGUGCACUGUUAUCUGAAAAUUACAGAUGAAGAGACUGAGGUUUUGAUAGUGUUAGUCUCAAGGCCAGUCAACCAAGUUAGUGGCAGAGGUGGAUUCAAAGUCAUGUCUGCUUAGCUCUGAAGUCCAUAAUCUUUCCUUUGUAGUUUUAUUAUACUCAAGAAACCAUGAUUAAUUUUUUUGUGCUUUUCUUGUCAAUUGAUUUCAAAUGGAAUGAUUUUCUUUUUUUGGACGUGCUGAGUAGGGAGUAUGGGCUUUUAACUGUUCUGCCUCUAACCUAUGGCUGGAUUGGACCUUCUCUUCUUUCCCAUUCCUCCUGCUUAAUCAGCACACAGGGGGAGGUGGGGGACUUCAUGUGAGUCAGAGUAUUAAACAUUCCCUAUCACCAACUUUGCCUUAUUUUUCCCCUUGGUAGUAUGGGGACAGCUCUGUAGUAAUUGAACUGGGAAUCUUAGGAGGAGAGGCCCCCACCUCUAUGGGGUACACAUCAGCAAUAUUUGGUUCCUCCACUGUGGCUGAAGCAACCUGUGAUGUGGACCCUAAUGCCAGCCCCAUAGUGAGAAAACCCUGUUUUCAUUUCUUCUUUUGGCAAGCCCAUCUGGAUAGAGCAGGUGCAGGGGUGGGUUCUUAAAAUAGAAGCCUUUGUUCCAUGUGACGUGGCACUAUGGAAGCCCUCUUGCUUCUUCACCUGUUCAGAUUAAUGACAGGAUGAAGAUCUCUCCCCUCAUCAUGGCAUCUUCCUGACUUCUGUGGGACCUUUCAUUUGUCAGUUGACCUCUCUGGUUUCUUCACUUGUAAAAUAUAGGACUUGUUCUUGGUAACCUCAACUAGUGUCCUUCCUAGCUUUGAUAUUCUGUAUCCAUGUUUCUGAUUAGAGCUUGGGUCUUUGAAUGUACCACUUCUGUCUUGUUUUGUUCUCCCAACAAUAUUAUUCUAGUGGAGUAGCUGGGCCUAAAAAUGAUUCUUGAUGGUUAAAAUACAUCAUCUCACCAUCUUGACAAUCCCUUUGUUUUCUUUCAGCAACCCUCUCUAAAGCAGGUGCCACAUACCACUUAAAAGCUUGAAUAAGUUUCCAUAUAUGUGUUUGGGAUCACAGGAAACAGUGGGUGAUUUAAUUUAACAUCAGGGGAGGUUAUUUCCAUGGUAGCUGUUCUUCCUUAAGAAUUAAAGAUUCCUCUCAAAAUUCUAAAUCUUAAGAGACUAGAUUUUAAGAAAUUGAUAUUUAUAAAACUCCUCUGGUUUUUUUCUGAAGGUCAAACCAAUCCUUGAGUCUCAGUCUUUUUUUUUUUUGUAAAGUAGGAAUAAUAUCUCCUUCAUGGGGUUGUGAGAAUUAGCUGACCAAAGGAUGGGGCACUGCUUGGCAAGCGUCCGACACAUACUAGGCACUCAGAAAAUGUUUGUUCACCCAGGAUCAUAUAAGUUCAUUUUUUUUUUUUUUCUGUUCAUGAGUGCUAGCUAUUGAUUAGCCUUGAGGCUGAAAAAUCGGCCCUCUGAUCUCGAGGAGCUAGCAGUGUUUUAAUGAGACAAAACAAAUAUAUAGGAAACAAUUAAAGAACAGCUCGAGGCAGGACAUGACCAAUUGCUGCUGCCUGGGGACAAGGUACCAAGGGACUAGGUGUCCCUAGAGCGCAGGCACAUUCUCACAGUGAUGGUCUGUGAGUCCAGUUUUCAAGGAGAGUGGUGUGCCAGCAUAGCUGACCAUCCUGAGAAAGAGUCAAGACCAAAGGUUAUGGGGUCCAACAAUGGGGAAAAGGCUAAGUAAAAUUAUGUACCAACAAUAAGAGAGAAUGGUGCAUAUCAUUCAAAAUGAUCGAUAUGACCAGUAUUGCACUGUAUGUUAACUAAAAUUUGAAUUAAAAAAAAAGAAAGUCACAAGGAAGAGAAAAUACAUUUAUAGUACUAUACUGUAUUUAUAUUAAAAAAUUCACAUAUAUGUGGACCUGCACAGUUCAAACCUGUGUUGGUCAAGGGUCAACUGUACUUCUGGUGAGAAUGUAUAUCAGAAGAACCGUGUUAGAGAACGAUUUGGCAAUAUCUAGUGAACAAUACAUAUACUUUAUAACUUAGCAAUCCUACUCAGUCAUAUUCUAUAAGAAACUCAUAAGAAUGUUCAAAAUUAUGGAAUAGUAGAAAUAUGGAGGGGUGCCUGGCUGUCUCAGUUGGCAGAGCAUGUGACUCUUGAUCUCAGAGUUGUUGAGUUCGAGCCCCACAUUAGGAAUAGAGUCUACUUUUAAAAAUUAUGGAAAUAACUCAAAUGUCUGUUGACAGGAGAAUGGUGUGGCAGAGAUUGCAAGUUGCCCUCCACUCCCAGGGUUCACUUCCUAUCCUUUUAAGACCUCUGAUUUUUAAUGGAUGCAUAGCCACUCUGAAUAAAAACUGUAUUUCUCAGCCUCCUUUUCAGCUAGAUGUGGCCAUUUGACUAAGUUUUGUCAGUUAUAAGCAGAAGUCAUGUGUAUAAUUUCUCCUUCCCCCUUGUUUCAUCUCUGUGGCUGGAAAAUGGAGUUGAUGGCGGAGACUGGAGCAGCCGUCUUGGCCUGUGAGAUGACUUGAGGAAAGAAAAUCACUCAUAGCUGAACAAUAAGAAAAAGAACCUGGAUUCCUGUCACUGUGGAGUGCUGUCCCAGCUCUGGACCACUCAUCUCUGGGCUUUUACAUGAGAGAGAAUUAUCAUAUUAAAAAAAACUCAAAAAACCAAAAAACAACCCCAAAGUGAUCAAUAUGACAUCUAAGUAGAAAGGAGAAGUGCUGUGAAAUAGUGAGACAGAGAAGUUGAACACAAAAUUGUUAUAACAAUGUGGAUUACUCCAUAGCUUUGUAUUAAGAUACAUAAAUAUUAGACAAGAAUAUAAUGUGAGGGAUCAAAAUAAUAGUUGUGUUAGGAUUAUGGAUUUAUGGAUGAAUUUCAAAAAUAUUCUUUUUAGUAGGCUUUCACUUUUAACAGUUGACACAGACCAACUAUUUUGAAUAAUUUCAUUCUGAAUAAUGACUUGGAUUGAAUAUUAUACUAGUCCUUGGGUGAAGUUUCCAUCCUUCUCUGGGGCAGGACUUCCUCUGUGAUACUCAUUGUGAAUAUGGCUUGAAUGGCUUGAUUUUUUUAAAGAGAAAAAAGUACAACAAAUCCAGUAGAUUAUGGAGUCCUUUUCCAUUUACAUUUCUGUAGAUCUCCUUCUCAAAUUUCCUGCAACCAAAUAUUAAAUCCAAAGGAAGGGAAAGGACUUGGGAUCUCUGAUUGUGAGCUUCAGGGAUUUGGCCUGCUAUUUCUCUACAAAAUGCCUAGUUUCCCCAAGCAUCAGUCAGCCUUAUUAAAGGCACAUGUCCCUUCAAGAAAAACGAGUAUACCAACAGUCAACUUGGCAAAUGGAUCAUUCAGGUGGGGAUUUACAUUUUACUUUGGCAGACGGACCCUUCAUUUUCAAAAGAAUUCUACAUGUAUUCAAUACAAAAUGUAUUCAAUACAAAAUGUAUUGACUUUUCAGGAACACACUGAUUUCAUGCAGUGACUUACCUUGUGGAUAAUAUGUAUACUUAGGCUGGCUCUUCCAUAGCAUGAGUGAGUGGGUUCUUCUUGUUAAGGGGAAGAAUCUGAGGAGAUACAACACAGCUCUGACCCUCAGUGGUCUUCCAGCUUUCAAUUUGACUUAAGUCACAUCAUUUCAACCCUGUGCAAGCCAAUCCAGUGCAAACUAGUCCAAUCUAACCAGUCCAGAAAGCAUGUUGGUGUUUGUGUCAGUGAAUCUAAGGAUCGACAUCUACCUCCCCCACCUCCCGGAAUUAGAAGUUAACAAAGUGACAUGGCUUGGGUUGUCCUAGUUUUGGGUGUCCUUGCCACCACAGGGAAGCCUGGGACCCUUUUCCACUCACUUUGUGUGUCAACUUCUCAAGGCCCCCUUGCCUAUGUUUGUUUGAGAAUGUAGACUGGAGGAAGGGAAACUAGACAGAGAGCCUCAACAUCUCUCUUCUAGUUUGUCUCAACUUCAACUACUAACAGCAUUGAGUAAGUCAGUCAACUUCUCAAAGCCUUAAUCUCCUAAUUUAUUAAAAUAGAGAGGAUAGUCUGAUUUUUCUGGGCACUUCUCUCUAGUCCUGGUAGUCUGUGAAUUCAUCUUCAGCUCUUUUAUCCAAA